AUGAUGACUUUUAAGAAAGAAAGAUUAAUUAUUAAUAUCAUCUAAAAUGAAGGCAACUAAACUUAUAUAUCGUCAUAAAAGAAUAAGGUUGAUUUUUUUGAAGACUUAUAUAUAAAUUUCAUAAAAUUGAAAUAUGUUAAAGAAAUGGUUAACAACUAAGCAUCAAAAAAUAAGCAAUAAUAAAUGACCUUGUUAAGUUAAAAAGAUUGGUUUCUUGCUUGUAUGAGAGAUUCAAAUAACUUUGAUUUGCAUUCAGUCUGAGGCUUGAAAUCUAGGAAAAAUAGAAUCAAUUAAAACAAAAUUAAGUUUAAUAAAAGAAUUCAAAGCUAUUGUUGAAAAUUUUAUUGACUAAAUAUUAACAAAUAUUGAUUAAAAGGAAGAAAUAGAGUCAAAACCUAAAAUUGAUAAGUUUAAAUUACAAGUAGAAAUAUUAUAAUCAAAUAAUAAAGUAUACUUUAAUAGUGAGAUUCCUAUAAAAUUUGAUAAAUUAGAUGAUUAUACUCAAUUCUAUGAUACUAUUUUAUAAAGAAAUUAACAAUUUAUAAGUAAUCAAUCAUAUUCUUUAGUCAUUGAUACUCAAUAAAAAUCAUAAAAUUAAUAAGUUGAAGGAAAUAAACUCAUUUCGUAGAUAAACAGAGAAGAAUUAGAUAAAUCAGUAAUUAUUAUUAUAUGAAUUAUAGAAGACAUAAUUAAUGAAAAUCAAAUGA